GCGUCGGAAAGAGAGCCGCUUUGCUUUGCAGUUUGAUGGUUAAAUGCGUGCGUGAAGGUUGGAGUGAAGAUUUCGAGCCGUUUUCGAGUCCUAGUCCCCGCCGCAAUAAGUGGGUCAGAAUUGGAGCUGUUGGAUUUGGCCAAGCAGAGUAGCAGGCGCAUCAGAGAAGUGCAGCUAGCACGCCGCCAAUGAGGAAAAGCGCACGAGGGUGGUGCCGAGAGUGAAAGAGAUUCGCCCGAAAACGCCUGGAAAAUGUAAACAAUUUGUAAACACAACGACGACAAGCGAUUUCCAAAGAUUUUGCUUAGCUGCCCCGCAUCUAUCGAUCAAACACACGCGCAUUAAGCGAUUAAAUCGGACUGGAGAGCGGAGUGACGACUAUGGGAUACCCUAGGACAGCGUGAAGUGCAUGAAUUUGACAAGCCACAUAUAUGUGGAUGUUGCUUGCUGAUGAUGAUGAUGAGCGGCGCGGCAAAAGCAACAGAGAGAGACGGCGAGAGAGGGCGAGCGAUGAUUUGAGUGCUAUGUUGUGUUUUCAGUUUCGGUUUCGGAUGUAUCUUCUUCAGUCGGAAUAAGGAAUACACGAAUGUUGGAGCGAACGGAUUACGCAUUAGAACUCUCUGGAAAAAGAAUCUCGCCUCGCGAAAAUCCGCUAAAAAGGCCAAGCCAAGCCAAACCAAAGGCGAAAGCAAAACCAAAACCAAACCGAAUCCGAAUCAAAUCAAAAAUCGAAUCAAUUAGCUUAUAAACGGUACAAAACGGGCCCAACAACAGGAACAAUAACAAAAAAGCGAGGUGGCUUGCAUGCGGCUGCUAAAAAAGCGGAAAAGCGCCUCUCCAUCGACUGCCGCCUUGUGCUAUAGAAACGUGAUCUCACCACUCUUAUGAUGGAACUCUUGUCAAACAAUUCGGUUCCGCAACAAAUGGCCAGCAGCAAUGCGCCGAGCGCCAACGGCGUGGCCAACUCCUCGACGGCCAACGGCAGUGGCGGCGGCAGUGUGAGCAGCAAUGCCAGCAACUCCUCCGAGCGGCUGCUGGCGGGCAUCCUCGAGAGCUUUCCCGCCUGGGAUCUCAACGUUGGACUGCUGGGACCCAAUGUGGGUCAAAGCUCGCCACCACGCACCGACUUCUUCAUCAACAAUUUCCUGGGCGGCCUGGAUUCGCAUGGCGAUUUUAGCAUCGGACCCAUUGGCUCCGGAGCACGCAGCAAUCCCAAGAUGUCGCCAGAGUCCUCAAACAAUUCGAGCAUCAGCUGCGGCUGGUGCGAGGUGAGCGCCUCCAUACGCUGCCUGGAGUGCAACGAGUUCAUGUGCAACGACUGCCUGAGGGAGCACCGCAACAGUCCGCUGUCCUCCAACCACUCGAUCGUGUCCCUGCCCACGCCCAUUGGAGCCUCGCCCACGGGUGGCAGCUCCGUGAGUGCACAGACUCCGCCCAGCGGCAACUUCAUCUGCGACAUACACAACGAGAUGCUGCGCUACGUGUGCGACUACUGCCGGAAACUGGUGUGCCAGUGCUGCACCCUGCACGAGCACAAGGAGCACAGCUACGCCUCCAUCCAGAGCUUCAUGGUGGGGUCGAAGGAGAAGCUAGAGGGCGCCAUCGAGAGCAGCCAGGUGGGCACGCGCUGCAUUAAGAGCAGCAUUGACAAGGCGCUGGCCUUCAUCCGGCUGAUCGAGCGCAACUGCAGCGAGCUGAGCGAUAAUAUACGCAAGGCCUUCCGUCAGUUCAUCAUUGCCAUCGAGGACCGCGAGCGUUUCCUCUUGGACUUCGUGGAAAAGCUCCGCCAGCGUCGCCUGGCCAUCCUGCACGAUCAGAUGGCGGGCUUAAAGUCCGCUCUCGCCGGACUCUCCGAAACCUCCGAUAUGCUCAGCAAGGUGGCGGACAAUGCUUGCAGCAUGGACCAGAUCGAAAUCGCUAUGAAGCUGACCAAUGGGCAGCGGCAGAUGGAGCAGUUUGCCGGCAUCUAUAAGGACCUGCAGCCCAAGCAGGAGGUAUUCGCCUUUGCCCCACCGGAUUACAGCCUGCUACAGGAUAUCCGCAACCAGGGUGGCGUAAUCCUGGUGGACGACAAGAACAUGCCCAUCGUCUCUAGCAGCAAUGGCAUUGUGCCGAGUGUCUCGAGUGUGAAUGCCGUGGCUGCCGCCGCCGCCGUGGGCGUUGGUGUGGGAGGCGUUGGCACUGGAGUCGGAGGCGUCGGCGUUGGAGUGACCAAUGGCAUGGACAUGGCCUUUGGCAUGAACAUGGCCAACAACCCGAUGAGUGUGGCCUCCUCGAGCGUUCGACGUCCCCUGCUGCGAGACAAUAGUUUCCGCAUCCCAUCGCCCAUCAUGCAACCACGCGGAGGAAGCGCCUGCGGAAUGUCCAGUGGCAUGUCCAGCGCUGCACUGGACUGGGAGCUCAACGGACUGCGAAGCUCGCCGGGCUUGCACUUCAGUGCGCCACGAACCACACAGGCGAUUCCGGGAUGCAUGGAUCUGGUGAAGGUGCGCAACUCAAACUCCCUCUCGCUAUCCUUCGCCACCGAGGGCCAUGAGGAUGGACAGGUGAGCCGGCCGUGGGGCCUGUGCGUGGAUAAAAUGGGCCAUGUGCUCGUCUCGGAUCGGCGAAACAAUCGCGUUCAGGUCUUCAAUCCCGACGGCUCGCUGAAGUUCAAGUUCGGCCGCAAAGGCGUGGGCAAUGGCGAGUUCGACCUGCCCGCUGGAAUCUGUGUGGAUGUGGACAAUCGCAUUAUUGUGGUGGACAAGGACAACCACCGUGUGCAGAUCUUCACCGCCACCGGCGUCUUCCUGCUUAAGUUUGGCAGCUACGGCAAAGAGUACGGCCAGUUCCAGUAUCCAUGGGAUGUGGCUGUGAAUUCGCGCCGCCAAAUUGUCGUGACCGACUCGCGCAAUCAUCGCAUCCAACAGUUCGACUCCGAGGGUCGCUUCAUCCGCCAGAUAGUGUUCGACAACCAUGGCCAAACCAAGGGAAUAGCCUCGCCACGAGGCGUUUGCUACACACCCACGGGCAACAUCAUAGUGUCUGACUUUGACAACCACUGCCUCUACCUGAUUGAUCCAGACAUCAAUGAUAUUCUCUCCGUGAAGGGACAUGAGGGCUCGGGCUUCCAUGAGUUCAAUCGGCCCUCGGGCCUGUGCUGUGACGACGAGGGCCGCAUUAUAGUGGCCGAUUCCAAGAAUCAACGCAUCCUGGUCUUCAACCAGAACCUGGACUUUAUGUGGGAUAUCGAGGUGCGUCCCUCCAUCAAUCCAUUGAUGCCGCCCACGCUGGACGAGAAGGACCGCACCUGCGAUGUGGCCAUAAUGCCAGAUGGUCGCAUCGUUUUCCUCAUCGAACUGUCGCCAGACUCCAAGGAAGGGUCUAACCCUUACAAGCGGUUUGUGCACGUAUUCUAAAUUAGGCUACGGGUGCCGAUCUUUUUUAGACCAUUUACAAGAGCUAAGCGUUAGCGUAGAGAUCCAAAUAGCAGAGCGAUAGAGAACAGGUGCCGAAACAGAAUUAAUAAGGGAAAAUCAGAAUUGAGUGCAUGAAAAUUAGCGAAAAUUUUUAGCUUAAGUGCUACAACGAUUACCUCGAUAAUGCUUAAGAGUUAUGGUUACGAUUUGGUAAUUUACAAUACAAUACGAAUUACACAUAUGUAUCUAUGGAUAUCUAUAUCUAUACGCAUAUGCGUAUAUCUAGCGAAUAUACAAGCCCAACCAACCAACUAGAACUAAAACUAAAAGGGAAACUAUGGCGGAAGGCAGACGAGAGUAGGAUUUAGAAGAUAUAUAGUCGUAGGAUCCGAGAGCAUUCAGUAGAGUUACCGAACCUAGUAAAAGAUAAUGCAAAGAGGGAAACUCAACCAUUUACUAGAUGAAAAUAUUAUUACCUGUUAGUUAGACUGAAAGGCAGUUUGCUAGCUGAUAGAACGAGAUGUUAGGGGAGGUGGGGAUUGCGUUUUUUAUGGGGUUGCUUAGCGGAAUGAGGAAACUACUUUCGACAAGAGUUACUAAACAUGAUUUGCAGAUACACUGUGGAAUGGUAUUAAUGUUUGUAUUAUAUUCUUAAUUUGUUUGUUUAGUUCUGUAUUACGUUUAUUUUAAAAUUAAUUUUUUUGGGACGUAUUUUUAAUGAUUUUCUUAUAAUUGAGACUGAGUAUGUGAGAACACGAACUUUGUAAAAGGAAGCAAAGCAAAACAAAACAAAGAAACAAACAAGAAACCAGAAAAUAUUGAUGAAACCCGCUGACUUUUGGUUGAACUUUUAACAAAGACUGAUUAACUAAACCGCAAUUUCGGAGCCAACUAAAGAACCAUAUAUGGUGAGGCCAAAAAAGUGAAAAACAAAAAACCAACACACUCAAAUUGCAAUGACAUUGAUAACGUAAAGUAACUUAACAUAGCUUAACAUACAUACUUUCAUACAUAUAGCGAUACAGAUAUCAUAUAGCGAUCCAAUCAUCCAGUCACGAAUCACCAUGGGCAUAGCUUAAACCGAGUUUAACUGACAUUCAUCGACACACACCGCACACUGCACAUGUACCACUCUUCAUUCGUACCGAUCAUGCAUCACAGGACCUUGGUUUGUGUCGUUACUUUGUAAUUGAUUGUGAGAGGAUUCACCCACAGGAUACACAGCAGGUUGAAAGGAGGGGUUAGCUAAAAACGGAGUAGAAGGGUUGUUGGGGGAGUUAAGCGAACAAAACCUAAACAAAAUAACGAAAAAAUUAUCAUAAUUUUUGACUCAAUGUGUUCAUUAGCAUUUAGUAGACUUAGCGGGCGUGGCAUAGUGAAAACGUAUGGAAAAUCCAGAGCAAUAUAUGGGCGUAUUGAAUACACAUUUAGGUGACAUGUUCCUCGCAAAAGAAACAAAUAAAACAAAUGAAAAACGAUGAAACUUAAUGAUGUCAUGGGCAACGCAUGAAUUAGCUGAAUUAUCUGUCUAGAGUUGGGACGAUUUUAAUAGCAAAUGUAUACACACACACACAUCUAGAGGGCCAGGCGUAAAUUGUGAAAUGUAUUAGCCAACUUAGUUACUUAGUUUACGUUAUGUUCUUACUGUUUUGAGACGUUCUAUUCUUUGUACUUGUGUUCAAACCCGACAUCAACGGAUUGACAGUGAGAGAUGAUACAUACAUAGCUAACACUCCUUCCACGAAUAAAGCAACAUUGCAUAAAAUGCGCAAAACAAACAAAAACCAUAUAAAAUCUAAAAACACUUAAACUUAAACCUUAAACAAACGAAAAAACGAUGCAAAAAUGCCAAAGGCUCUACGAGAGCGGGGGCAACAAAAACAUAUACAAUAUUUAUAUAUACACGUAAUAUACACCAGAGGGCAGAGGGCAACCCACCCCACAUAGAGCUAUUUAGAAUAGAUAUCGUAAUUAUUUUACACCUUAGUUUAGCCAACCCCCGGGACACAGCCCGGGGACCCACACGAUCGCCAUAACAUACUCGUAACCUCAUUUUAUCCAAUCGCAACACCUUGAAGCGCCGUUCAUUUCUUGUGAUCCAGAUCGAAUCAUUCAAACACACUCGCACACAAAGCGCACGCAGAGCAUCCCCCCAAAUAUCGUAUGUAUAUAUCAUAUAUAUCGCAUCGUAUCGGGCCUAGCGACAUCUGAGAGAAUGCCAUAUUUUAUAUUUGUGUGAGAUUUACUAAACCAAUACUAAAGAACUAAUACUUAUAUCAUUACAAAUGAGCGCCGUUUUCUAAAAGCCACAGUUUAGAAAUUGUGUAAAAAAUCAAAGAAAAACCAAGAAACAAAAAACGAUUACAAAAUCAUUAACUACAAGCAAGAGGAAAUAGGGAGGACAAUUAUUGAGAUUUAAGCGAAUACCGAAUGCCAUAAUUCAAAAUAAAAAGCAUUUAAACGUAUAUAUCUAUAGAAUACUAAAGUAUGUUAAACACCACAACAAAUUACUAAAAGUCAUGAGGAUACUGAACAAUUUGCCAAAGGCUAAGAAUCAAAACGAGGAAGCGAAACCAAUAACUUACAUACUACACUCAGAUACACACAUUCAACGGAUACAGAUACAGAUACAGAUACUGAUAGUUAAUUAACUUUUUACAAGAUACGAGUACAUACCAAAAAUACUUAAAUAAAUGCAAGCAGGUAUUUUUUCAAAUAAACCGAAUAUUCCAAAAACACGUUGCCCAAAUACACCUACGAUUAAUUGUAAAGCGAAAUGCUCAUAUACACGUAGCUACUAAAAUAUAAAAGGAAAACACUAAACGAAUCCAAAACUUAAAUCAGGUAUUCAAAUUUUUUUCGUAUUACGUACUUAGCGGUUAAGAGAAGGAGGAGCGAAACGGCAAACUUAAUGACUAAAAAUCAUCCUGUGAAUGAUUUUCAAAGAUAUGUUAGAAGGAAGAGCGAGCAUUGCAAAACCCACAUACAUAUUUACUAAGCAACAUUUUAUAACAAAUCGAUUGACGAUGCUAAAACAAAACGGAAUGAACUCUUAUAUCAAAAUACAAUUUUGAGUAAAACUUUUAAUGACACAUGCAAAGGCAGUCUCGGCGAGCGCAGAGAAAUGACUUCACUACCCGUGAAAGAACUUUCAAAUUAUACAUUACACAUAUGCAUACAUACAAAUAUUUUGUCGCGAUCAUUUAGCCACUAAGUUUCUAACAAAACACCCAAGAUUGUAACUAAAUUGGAAGGUAUUUCUCAUUUGGAAAUUACAAACAUUAACAUACGCAUACAUACAUACACGUACUAACAUAUGUAAUAAUUAUGGAGCAAUUGAGUACAAAACGAGUACAAAUUUAAAUUAUAAGCCAGAUCAGACGACACACAACCACACAGCCUAAGUUACCACAUACUCUACUCACAGGAGGGGCGCAGCAUAUGAAAUAUUGAUAGGCCAGCUACUGGUUUCGCAUAGCAAAUACUGCAUAUAUUCAGAGAUGGCCGGGACGGGGAGGCUGAUCCCCCGACCGGGUGGAGGACUCAUCGAAAUAGCCGACAUACUAACCACACUUAUAAGCAUAGUCGCAUACAUACAUAGUUACUUAAACAUAGACUAACCCCCAUAUACUAUAUAUAUCUAGGGCGAAGCGUUUACCAAAAUUACCAAAAAUCCCUCCUCUUACCACUCUUAAUCUUCGAAUAUGAUUUGCUUGGCGAGGGACUAGAAAGGGGCGAUCAGUUCGGCAUAUGCUAAAUUUUCUCAUACAUUCUCUCACCCACUCAGCGUACAUAGAUGUAGGGGCGUGCGGGUACUAGGUACACCCACCAUUAAGCAGCUAGUUAAGUCAGGCAUCAGGCCCAUGGCAUGGCGAUGAACCUAGGGAGAAUCUACCAAAAUCAAGCGACAAAUUCAAUAACGAGUUGCAGUUUAAAAUUGUAAUUGUCUAAUAGUGAGGGGCGAGCGAGUCGGAAACGAGCGCGGGCCACGGGUACUACUAACUAGGAUGCGUGGCUUGCCAUUUUUCUAUAUACAUGCGUACACAUACAUAUUUAUAUACCCAAAUAUAUAUAUACAUACAUAGAUGUGGACUUGGCGAGGCAAGAGUAAGAGUAUAUUUUAUACGAUAAACAAAUUUUAUAACAUAUUUAAUAAUAAAUUAUACACUAAUAAUUGUGGA